GUAUUGGCCAUUGUCUGGUUCCUAUUUCCAAGGACUCAUGGUUAGAAAAACUCGCUCCCAUACAUACAUAACUUCUAGCAUAAACAUACCUUAUUUUGCGUUAGCUACGCUAGUGAAACUAUUUUCUCUGGGAAAGUUUUUUGCGGAAAGUUGGCUGAACUUCCACAUACCUCUACAUGCUUUAUAUUUGCUUUUCACAUGGAGAUCUACCGGAGAGACAUAGUUGGCUUUACGCCUGCUGAUCUCGGAAUU